AUGGGGUACUUCUGCCAAGAGAUUCUGCUUCUUGAGGACACAAUAGCAGGGCUUUUAGAUUCUGAGGGAAUGGAGGAGACGACUGCCUGUAAGCUCAAGUUCUUGCUAGAAAUAAAGGACAGGAUAAAUGAGAGGAUGAUGGAGAUGGAGGAGUACUACAUGAAAAGAAUAGAGUUUUACAGAGAAUGUGACGGAGCCAGGGUGAGGGAGCUGGAAAAGGAUGCCAGGAGCAGGGAUGAAAGGUAUCUUGGGCUUCUUGUCAGAACAAAGGAGCUCAAGGACAAGGUAGAAAAGCUUGAAAUAAGAGAUAAGCUCUUUAAGGCGAAGUCUGGGAGUGGAAAUGAAUUAUGA